UUGGCGGGGCGGUCGGUGGGCCCGUGCGGGGGAGCGGAAGCGCCGCGCUGAGGGCGGCAGUGGCGGCUGGGCUGAGGGGGGGCGCCGGGGCCGGCCGGGUGCGGCGCGAUGCGGGGCAGCCGCCGCCUCGUCCCGCUGCUGCUCCUGGCGCUGCUGCCCGGGCUGUGCCACGGCAGGGAGCCGGCGCCAGGCGCCGUGACUUGCGGUUCGGUGCUGAAACUGCUCAACACCCGCCACAGCGUGCGACUCCACUCGCACGAGGUCAAGUACGGCUCCGGAAGUGGGCAGCAGUCAGUGACAGGAGUUGAAACUUCAGAUGAUGCCAAUAGCUACUGGCGGAUCCGUGGGAAGAGUGACAGCAGUUGCCAGCGUGGGACACCCGUGAAAUGUGGGCAAGCCAUACGACUUACCCAUGUUAACACUGGGAAAAAUCUGCACACUCAUCACUUCCCAUCACCACUCUCCAAUAACCAAGAAGUAAGUGCCUUUGGGGAUGAUGGCGAAGGAGAUGACCUGGAUUUCUGGAUUGUGCAGUGCAGUGGGACUUACUGGGAGCGGGAGGAUGCUGUGCGCUUCAAGCACGUGGGGACUGAGGUGUUCCUGUCCAUCACGGGGGAGCAGUACGGCCACCCCAUUAGAGGCCAGCGGGAAGUUCAUGGCAUGCCUGCUGCCAACCACCACAACUAUUGGAAAGCCAUGGAGGGAGUCUUCAUCAAACCCAGUCUGGACCCUGCAAAACAUGAUGAGCUCUGAAUUGACACAGGAUCCAAAAUGCUCCAUUUGACUCCAGUGUUCGGAGAUGCUAAUCCUUGGUCUCUUCUAAGUCCUGCCUUGGCUGAGCAACUGACUUUCUGUUUUACUGAAGGGCAUUAGUUCAUUCUAGGAAUGCAGCACUUCAGUGGUGGAUGGCUUCUGCCAGGUUCAGCCACUGACAUUUAUUUGGUGAAAUCCUUUCUGAAUUUCCAAGCUUUAUUGGUGAAACUAGUUCAUACAUCUGUUAGGUUUUGUUGUCAUUUAUUUGCUUGUUACUUUUUCUCGAAAUUGAAGGAAAUGAGAAAAUGAAAGUAGUACUUUUCUCUAGUCUGAAUAAAACUUUGUAUUUUGUAAUCUUUUUCCAGCUAUAAUUAAAUAUUUGGAAACUUUUUUGUUUCCAAAGAUUUCUUUGUCCUAGUGAAACAAUGUUAUUGAUAAGGAGAUGGAUUGAGUCUAGAAAUGGAAAAAUGGUUCUGAAAUAUGGUGUUUUUUGAAUGCCUUGCAGUCAGCUAUUCAGUCUUUGAGUUAAAAAAAAGUAUUCGUUUGAAAAUUGCAUCCAAUGUCUUAUGAGAGUUUCAUUCUGUAUUGUAUUGGAAGACUUGAAAAUAUUGUGUAUGUUGGAGUAAGAAGGCAAAAUUUUAAUAUUUUCACUUCAUCCAAAAAAUUUGGAUGUUCUAGUAGUGGUGGUACAGCUGCUUGUCCAUUGGUGAGGCUGCUCUGCUCUAUGAACAGGUGUGGAAAACUGCUGCUUGCUUAAUUAAUAUUAGAAUUUUACAAACUUUCUUACUGUGCAAAGGAAGAGUUGAAUUUGGCUUACUCCUGUGACACUCUACAAGAUCAGAAUGACAAUCCAGGUGAAAAAAUAGUGAGACAUACACCAGUGUGGGGGUUUCUAUGUGUGAAUCCAGAAGAAUAAAAAAAAAUCUGAGACAAUGGUUUGGUCAUGGAUUUCUGACGGAGUGGUAUGCACUGGAGUUCUAGCAAGGAAUCUUCACUGAACAAGUUAAGAAUUUCUGUGUUCCUCUGUGAAAAGAGAAAUUAAUUUUUCAGUGUGUUUUUUACACAGUGUUACUGGAAAUACUGAUUAAAAUUCAAAAUACCAUAUAUUUGUGAUUUUGUUUCAAAUUGAAAAGCUCACUAAACGAGUGAGAAAAGUCAGAACAUUUAGGUGUUCUUGUUUCCAUGUGUAAAUAGUUUACUGAUUACGGUGCUCAUUAGUCAAUCAGUUAAAGAAGCAGGAAGCUGUGGUCAGGAGCUGCAGUGUUGGUGUUGUGUUGAGAGGGUGCAGCAGGCAGUUGAGUUCAUCUUUACAAAUCCAGCAGCUGCUCUCUGCACUUCAUGCAGAGUGCUGUCCAGGCUGGCUCAAGGUUUCAUUUAAGGAUUUUCUGCUAGGGAAGAUCUGUCCAUAUGGAACAAAGAACCUCUGUAAGAGCUCUUCUGUGUACCUUGCUAUUUUUCUUCAAAGAAAAACAUAAAAAUGUUUUUCUACUAAUUUUAGUUGCACAUGUGUAUUUAAGAAUUGCAGGCAUUUUGAAGAUUGAGUAGACUGGCUAUUGCUGUUUUGUAUUAGAAAUAAACUUUCAUGUGAUUAAUAUUUCAGGUUCACUGAUGAUACUCCUGACUAAUUAGUAUUGAGGUUAUGGCUAUAAAAGGAAAACUAUUUAAAAACAAACCAAAGGAGAGCUUUUCUUUUGAAGGUGGUAUAUAUAUAAACACAAAAAAUGUGAUAGCAUUUGACAGGAGGAAGAAGUAGUUUUGGCAAUGAGUUCUCUGUCACUAAGAGCUAAAAUGCUUUGUGCCUACACCAUAUGGGCUUAGUGUUUGUGCACUUGUGGAACACUAAAUUGACUAAAAAGAGAUAGAGCUGUGGGGCUUAUCUUGGUCUGUGUGCCAGAUAUUAUCCCCACCCAAUGAUUGUCUGUGUCUGGAUGUUUCUGUCCUUAGCAGAGGUGGUUUUCAGUCUUAUUUAUUAUGCUUUAAUGGGAUCUCACUGGACCUUUGGCUUUCUAUUCUGGAUUUGAACCAAAUUGGUUUGGUGAGGCUGUGAGAAAACUGACUUUUAGUCCCUAUUGCUCACUUUCUAAUAUGUUCUGUUUUGAAAAAUAUUUUAUUUUUUUAUUUAGGAACAAAAAAACCCUUUUUGUUCCUAAAGAACCAAGCUGCAGCACACAAAUAUACCCAUGAAUGCCUUAUUUAAAGACAUGUUCAACAAUAUUCCUGUGAACUGAGUUUCUUCCACUUCUGAUUCUGACCAAAGUGUAAAAGCUACUUAGCCGUAAUAUUUCACCUGAGUGUGUGUCACAAUAGUUGAGGGGUUCUGUGUGGUUGGAAUUUUUUCCCCCCAGUUUUUACUUCUGUAAGCAUUGUUCUGAAGGACACUCAAAUAAGGCUGGUAAGUAUAUCUUACUUUGGAAAUGUCUAAUAUAGUACUUCAAAAACUAUUGGUCCUCCUAGCUUGCUGAAUUCUGGCUACGAAAGUCACGUUCAUGUAGGAAGUGCAAACAUUAUAGCUGUGAAAAAUGGUGGCUUGUGCUCCUGUGUAAGUACUGAGAUUUCAGAGUGUGAUUCAGGUGUUUUUAUUUUCUUUGGCUGCUCAGAAUUCAACUUUUCAGUCCUAUCCCCAUGGGUGAGGACUAGAGACUUGGAGAAUCUGUUUUUAUAUUGCUGUAUGGUGAUAUUUGUUUUCCAUAUGAUGUUAUUUUCUGCCUAAAGCUGUUGGGGCUCAAGGGUAAAACAUGAAAUACUGAGAUGUGUAGAUAUAAAACUUGGGAAGGCUGUUUUGUUUCUUUAUUUUCCUUUAUUUUAAGGUGAUAAAUUUUAUACCUCCUAUCAAAAAUCUCUGUAUGUUUCAAGGUUAAAUGAAACCUGUUUACUUUGAUUUCUGAUGCUAGCAGGAGAUAAUUCUUUCAAAUAACUGA